AUGUUCAAGCAAUCAAAUAAAAGAAGAAAAACCGAGGAUAUUUGGGAAUCAACGAAAUCAACGAAAAAAUUUAAUGCCAUAUUUCGUCGUGCAUUUGCAUCUAGAGUUUUUCCACCCGAAUUAGCAGAAAAAUUUGGCAUUCAACACGUUAAAGGUAUUCUUCUUCAUGGACCGCCUGGAACAGGGAAAACAUUAUUGGCUAGACAAAUUGGAAAAAUGUUAAAUGUGCAAGAAUUAAAAGUUAUUAAUGGACUGGUAAUAUUGAAUAAGUACAUAGGUCAAUCUGAAGAAAAUAUUCAUCAAUUGUUUGCUGAUGUAGAAAGAGAAUAUAAGGAGAAAGAUUCUGGGUUACAUAUAAUAAUAUUUGAUGAGUUAGAUGCUAUAUGUAAACAACGUGGUAGUGAUGGAACUGGUAGAACUGGUGUUGGUGAUAGCAUUAUAAAUCAGAUAUUAGCAAAGAUGGAUGGUGUUGAACAAUUGAACAAUAUAUUAAUCAUUGGUAUGACUAAUCAAUUGGAUAUGAUUGAUGAGGCAUUACUUCAUCCUGAUGAAAAAAAAAAUAAUACUUUGGAUGUUGAUGUUGAUCUAGAUGAAUUGGCUAGUUUAACCAAAAAUUUUAGUGGUGCAGAAAUCAGUGGACUUAUUAAGAGUGCUAGUUCAUUUGCAUUUAAUAGACAUAUCAAAGUAGAAACACUCACAGGGAUAAGACCAGAUUUUGAAAACAUGAAAAUAAAUAGAGAUGAUUUCCUAGAGGCAUUGAAUGAAACGCACCCAGCUUAUGGUGUCAGCAAUGAAGAAUUACAACGUUAUAUCCAAAAUCAAAUUAUUCCAUUUGCACCGCAUGCAUUUGGAAUAUUGCGAGAAGAUAAAUCAAAUUAUAAAUAA